AUGUUCGAUUUACAAUUUUCAUUAUACUUCAUACUAAAAACAAAAUUAUACCAUAAAAAGACUAUUUCUUCUCUUCUUUUCUUCAUUUUCACAUACAUUUUUUCUGUUAUGCUUGGAGGUGAACAUCAACGUCGUUUAUUAAAAUAUUUACUUGAUGAAAAUAAUCAUAAUCCACUUGAAAGACCUGUUUAUAAUGAUUCUCAUACUCUAACUGUAACAAUGAAUAUGGCUCUUCAACAAAUAAUUGAUUUUGAUGAAAAAAAUGAAAUUCUUGCUAUUAGUGGUUGGAUAGUUCUUACAUGGCAUGAUUAUAGUUUACAAUGGAAACCAGAGGAAUUUGGAAAUAUUCAAGCUAUUCGUAUACCUAGUACACGUGUUUGGAUACCAGAUAUUCUUCUUUAUAAUAGUGCUGAUCUCAAUUUUGAAGGUAUAAUGAAAACAAAUCUAGUUGUACAAUCAAAUGCUUUUCAAAAGAAAAAACUGCUUUUAGUUAUUUGCAUAUAUAUAUAUCUUUUUCUUUUUUGGGACAUUCAAAAUUGUACAUUAAAAUUCGGUCCAUGGUCUUUUGACGAAUCCGGUAUUAAUCUAACAACUGACCAUAGUGAAGGUCAAUUAGAUGCAUAUGUUCAAAGUGGUGAAUGGGAUUUAGAAUCUUUUAUUGUUGUACGAAAAGCUGUUGUUUAUGAAUGCUGUCCAACAGUAUAUCCAUUUAUUUUAUUUACAAUUCGAAUUCGUCGACGUACUCUUUAUUAUGUAGUUAAUGUAGUUGUUCCAUGUGUUUUGAUUAGUUUUAUGACUGUACUUGGAUUUCUAUUACCACCAGAUAGUGGUGAAAAAUUAACUUUACAAAUUACAAUUCUUCUUUCAAUUGUUAUGUUUAGUUUAUUAAUCGCAGGAAUUAUACCAGCUAGUUCAACGGCUUUGCCAACUAUUGUAAUGUAUUUUACAACGGUUAUGUGUAUAUGUUCAAUGUCCGUUUUUGCUACUGUUAUGGUACUUGUUCUUCAUCAUAGAAAUGCCAAGAAUCAUACAAUGCCAAUGUGGAUUCAUUUAUAUAUCAAUCAAUAUUUAGCAUGGUUAUUAUGUAUGAAACGUCCUGGACAUGAUUUAAGUUGGAAAGGAAUUCGUCAUCGAUGUUCUCUUAAAAAUAAUUCUAUUCAUAAUCAUAAAUAUUCUUCGACACCAUUAUUAGAAAAUUCAUCAAAAUCAUUAUUAGCUAAUAUAAUGAAUAUUGAUAAACAAACAUAUCAAAAAUCAAAUAAUCAAUUAUUAAUACCAAUAAUGAAUCAUGUAGAAAAUUCUUCACAUAAUCAUGAUACAAAUGAUGUAUUAAUACCUUAUGACAUGAAUAUUUAUCGUUCUGAUCUUCGUAUGAUAAUGUAUGAACUUAAAUUUCUUAGUGAUUAUAUACGUAAAGAAGAAGAAGAUGAUGAUAUAUCACAAGAUUGGAAAUUUUCAGCUAUGGUUAUUGAUCGUUUAUGUCUUGUUUUAUUUUCUAUAAUGACAACAAUCUUUAGUUAUGUCACACUUUUUUCUGCACCAAAUUUUUUAAAACUUCGAUAA